AUGAAGAAGAGAAUGUCAGGUUGGUUAGCACCAGCUGAUUCAACUGCGAACACAGUUGCAGAAGCUUAUUGUAAAGUAUGCCGUUCGUUUUUGAGAGCACAUCUAACCGAUUUGAAAAGGCAUGCAAAAACAAAAAUUCACAGUGAUAACAUGGUCCAGUUGAAUCCAAUGAAAAAAGAUCAGUCUGUAUUAAGUAACAUUGUUAAAAUAUCUAACGAACAAAAAAUUAUAGAUUUGAAAUUAGCUGUCUAUGUAAGUACACACACUUCAAUUAUGAGUGUCGAUCAUUUGGGUGAAAUAUUGAAAGUGCUUGGCAAAGGUACUGCAUUAGCCAAUUUAAAACUUCAUCGAACUAAAUGUUCUUCAUUGAUUCAAAAUGUAAUCGCACCAACCUUACUUGAGGAACUUGUGCAAGAUAUUGUUUCAAAAGCAUCAGAACAGUUUCCUAGUACUAUUGAUUACCUCUGCAGAGAAGUGUAUAACUGGUUCCAUAUAAGUCCAAAAAGAAGGGAUGAAUAUAAACAAAUGUUUGAUCUUCUUAACUCUGGCUUGAAUAAAAAGUUCCAUAAUUUUCAUCAGAUAUCUGGCACACGGUGGCUAGUACGCAGUUUUGUGGUUAAUACCAUUCUAGAACACUGGCUAGAGCUUAACUCAUUUUUCUGUCAUGGUUAA